ACAUGAAAACAACAGAAAUUGUACCUGCCUAUAAUAAGGAAAGUACAAAUAGCGUAACAUUGAGCUUUUAAAAUUUAACUUACUAAGUUAGUGUUAAGAAUCAGUAUGGAGAUUUGGAAAGUAAAGGAAUCCUGAAUAAUAUAUCUGGUAUAUGUAAACCAGGUUAAGUUACUGCAAUACUUGGAGCUUCUGGAGCUGGAAAAACAUCAUUAUUAAAUAUUUUAGCAAAAAGAAUUUCUCCUGGUGGAAAUGUAAGUUUGAUGGGAAACAUUCAUGCAAAUGGCUAACCAUAUAAUAGUGAUAGAUUUUCUUAGUUUUCAUCUUACGUUAUGCAAAAUGAUGUUCUUUUUGGAACUCUAACUGUGAGAGAAACUUUAGAAUUUGUAGCAAAUUUAAAAUAUUCAGAUCCGCAAUAAAAGAUUGAAAAAGUUGAUUAUGCAAUAAAAACUUUGAAGUUAGAAAAAUGUUAAAAUACUCUUGUAAAAAUAAAUUAUUAUGAUAGAUUGGUAAUGCUAUGAUUAAGGGUAUAUCAGGAGGAGAGAGAAAAAGAACAUCAAUAGGAGUUGAAUUAGUAAGUGAUCCAUUCUGUAUUUUAUUGGAUGAACCUACAUCUGGUUUAGAUUCAUUUACUGCUUUUGUAAUAAUGUAAAUUAGAAUUAAUAAAAUUAUUAUAGAAAUUUGCUUAGAAAGUUGGCUCAUACAUCAGGAAGAACCAUAGUAUUUACAAUACAUUAGCCAAGUGCAGAUAUUUAUUUACUAUUUGAUCAAGUAAUGCUUUUGGUAUAAGGAAAAUUCAUCUACUAAGGGAAGAGAGAAGAUAUGGUGAAUUAUUUUAAAAGCUUAGGUUUUGAAUGUCCAGCACAUUCUAAUCCAUUAGAUUUUAUAAUGAGUGUAAUGCAUCAUGAAGAUGUUGAUCAUCCUCAUUAUUCAACUUUGUUUUCUGGAUAUAAUUAAAGAUUUGCUUAAGAAAUUGAAAAUGCAAUAAAUUCCAUAUAAAUCUUAUAGAUAUCUCGAUAAUCACUUCAAACAUCUUUUGGAUUUUAGGUAAAAGAAAUCUUCAGAAGAGGAAUGAUAAAUGUAAAACGGGAUAAACUAUUAGUAAGAGGUCGUAUGGUUAUGACAAUAUUUAUUGGUUUAUUAAUUGGAGGCAUAUUUUGGACAGCUGGUAGUGAACCUGGUUAUAAAGGAAUUUAAAGUACAAUCGGAGUUUUAUUCUUUUUGGUUAUGAGUAGUUUUAUGGGGGCUCUCAAUCCUGUUUUGGUAUAAUUUCCAGCUGAAAGAGAAGUCUUUUUAAGAGAAGAGAAUUCUAAAUUAUAUUCAACUGCAGCCUAUUUUACUGGCAAAAGUUCUGUUGAAAUACCUUUUCUACUAGUAUUUCCAAUCAUCUAAUAACUUAUUUGUUAUUGGAUGGUUGAUUUAAAUGAUAAAAGUGGAGAUAUUGUAGUAAUCAAUAUUAUUAUAUGUAUUUUACUUGGUUUGAGUGGAAAUAGUUUCGGUAUUAUAAAAUAUUAAUGAUUAGGUUUAAUGACUGGAUGUAUGUUCAAUGAUAUUAAAGCAGCUGCUGGAUUUCUGCCUGUAGUAUUAAUGCCUUUGGUUAUAUUUUCUGGUUUUUAUGCUAAUUAAUCUAUGUAUAUGGAUUGGAUUGGAUGGAUCCAGUAUCUAAGUCCUAUGAAAUAUGCUUUUGAAGCUUUAGUAUGGAAUGAAUUCGAAACUAGGGAUAAUGAAUUCAAAGGUGGUGAUAUUAAUAACACAAAUCCUAUUUCUACCUAUGAUUUAACUUUAGGACUUUGGAAGUGCUUGGUCAUUUUGACUGCUAUAAUCUUGUUUUUCAGAUUUAUGGCAUUAAUGUUUUUGUAUUUAUUAAGAGGAAAGUAACAAUGAU